ACAAUAUCAUUGUAAUAUAUUAAUAAUAUUAAUAUUAUAUUAUUUUAGGUGUAGUUGUAACUUGUACUUUGUAGUAGUCGAGUAGGUAACCGAUAACAACUAAUUGCAUCCAAUGCAUCAACAGUAAAUUCAAGUAUCUAAUUCAACUUUCUACUCGAAUCAAUUUAUUUUGUGAGCGUAUAGUUUUUGUUAAUUACCCUACGUCAGUUAAUUCUUUUUUUUUAAAUACAUAUUUUUUUCGUGUAAGUCCAGAUUUUCUAAAGAGUAAGGAUGUCAACGUCAUGGAUACCUUUAGAAUCCAACCCAGCGGUGAUGAACAAGUUUUUGCAAAAUUUGGGAGUACCAAGUGAAUGGGAAAUAUGUGAUAUUUUUGGAUUUGGGCCCGACGAACUUGCCAUUGUUCCUAGACCAGUUGCUUCCGUAAUAUUGUUAUUUCCGUACAAUGAUGCUUAUGAAAAGCGUAAGAAUGAAGAAGAGUUGAAAUUAAAAGAUAAAGGUCAACAAGUAUCAGAUGAUAUAUAUUUUGUCAAACAAUAUGUUCAUAAUGCUUGUGGAACCAUGGCUUUAAUUCAUAGUGUUGCUAAUAAUAGAGAUAUGAUAAAACUUAACGAUGGUAUAUUAAAACGUUUUUUGGACGAUGGAAAAAAUAUGUCUCCAAGUGACCGUGGUGAGAUGUUGACCAAAGCCGAAGAUAUGAUUAAUACUCAUAGGGAAAUUGCUAUUGAAGGACAAACUGCGGCACCCAAUCCAGAUGAUGUACCACCUUAUCACUUUAUUGCUUUUGUUUGCAAGGAUGGAUGUUUAUAUGAAUUAGACGGUGGAAAGUUUGAUCCUAUUAAUCAUGGACCUACAAAGCCAGACUCAUUGCUUGAAGAUACAGUUAACUUAAUCCAAGAAAAAUUUGUCGUUCAAGAUCCUGAUAGUAUUUACUUUACUUUACUGGCAUUGUCAAACGUAUGUGAUGCUUACUAAUAACUGAAAAUUUCAUCGUUUUUAUAUUUGCUUUGUGAUGAAAAUGAAUUUAUUUUUUUUUUUUAGCUGAUUUAUAAUAUCAGUAUUAUCAUUACUUACUUUUUAUAAAAAAUUAUUAAUAUUUUUAUGAUGAUUAAACAAAUACAAUUGUAAUUUUGAAUUAUGAUAGUUUCUGUAAAAAAAUAAAUAGUUUAUUCAAAUGGCCAA